AUGACGCUCGCCGACCUACAGACCCCUCAAACGGAACCAGAUAUCAUCCCAGGAUUCACCGCCUACCAUCAAAACGUCGGGCUGUCCCACAAUUUCGCAUUCAUUUCCAAGCUGAACCCAUCACAAAGUCUGCAGGCGAUUGCUUGGGGCGCCCCGGCUCGCGUUACCCUCAAGAAGGCGGCGGACCAAAAGCUUUUCGUGGGGGAGUGGAUCCCUGAGCCUCGUCUAGGGGUCGUCAUCACCAAACUGCGUACGAGAGUGCACGACCCGCUCUUCUUGCAAAAUAAUAAGGAAAUAGAGUCAGGGGCACCCUUUGCGUUUAAUUCCAGAUAUCUCGUAAAGAAAGGCAACAACAGAUGCCGCGAAGGGCCUGUCCGGAGUAUCAAAUGUGUCGGAAAGGAGAACGUGACCAUAACCUCCUCCGAGACGGAUUCCUUGGUGAUGUGGGAUUUUAUACACAGUUCUGACGGUCAGGUUGUCUCAAGGCUGAAAACCAAUGGCCCGAACCUGUCCGGCUCAAUCGAUGUCAGGACCGGCACAGUCGCAAGCGGAGCCGAAGACAGAAAGCUCUACAUCUGGACCCUCACCGGCCAAAAAGUCCCCACCCUCAACCCCCUAUCCUCAUUCCCCAUCCACGAAGGCGCCACCGGCGACAUCACAUGCACAAGCAUCCACGCCAAACAACCUGACCUCAUCGUAGCGGCCACCCAGGACGGAAAACUAGCCUUCUUCGACUCCCGAGUCCCCGGUGGGGGUGGUCGACCGCCGAUGGACGCACAUACCGAUAUGAUCUCCAGCGUACAUUACCAUCCUACCGUGGCCCACUGGGUCAUCUCGGGCUCGGACGACUGUACUACCCGAAUCUGGGAUACCCGCGGGAAAGGCCUCCCUGUCCAUUAUUAUCGCCACAAGGAUAAAGUCACGGCCGUGGAAUGGUGCCCGCACAUGGAGAAAGUGUACCUGAGCGCGAGCUUGGAUGAGACUGUGGAGAUUCGACGGUUGGGUGUGGGGAAUAAUAAUGAGAAGGUGCAGACUCAUAUUCUUCAUGACGGACCGGUCGUGACUGCGGCCUGGAACCCUGACAAGGCUUUUGAGGGAGUCAUUGCGAGCACUUCUCUGGGCAAGGACGGUCAUCCUGGAUACUUGCAGGUCUGGCGAGGAAACGGUUAUCUCCGUGAAGCUGGGCGUCUCUCAACAGUCGGACGUUGA